UUUAACGAAGCCAGAUUUUAAUGACUUUUACAGAUCGACUGUGCAGCAACGGUUACUGUUACUUCUGCACUCGUUUGGUAUUUGGUUCUGCGCUAGUUUUAAAUGCAUCAAAUACCCGGUUUAGGUUUGUGCGUGAAGAUACUAUGCCAUUGCAAAAGAACAACAGUGCUGCAGCUUCAAAGAAGUCUUUGUACAUUGUGCAAACGUGGAAGUCAUACCCAUAUUGCAUUCCGAAAGUUCCGUCCAAACAAAAGUUAUUAUGAAAUGCUGGGAAUCAAACAAAACUCUUCAACUGCCGAAAUAAAAAGUGCGUAUUAUGAACAGUCUAUGAAACUUCAUCCCGAUAAAUCUUUAGGAAAAAGUGAAACCGAAGCAGAUUUUGUUCAGGUUAAACUUGCGUAUGAAACUUUGUCAAACAGUAGUUUACGAGUAAAAUAUGACUCUUAUUUGGCAUCAGUUCAGAGGUCAACACACUCUUUUCAAGAAUGGAUGGCAGCUGGAAUGCAUCACACAGUUACUUAUAAUCAUACAACAAAGCAGUACAAAACACCACACAUGUCUAAUAUGCAUCAAGGCAAAGAGGAUGAAUGGUCAGAUUUCACUUACAAAGAUGCCUUGCUUUUUCUUGGAAGCUUUUCAGUUCUUGUAUUAAUUUUCUUAAAUGAAAGGAAAAAACCAACAGGGAGCAACCCAUUCCGCUCCCCAAUACAACGCCAUACAUACACUCUAAAUAAGGAGCCAAUUCACUUCAGCAAAAAGCAAAACCAGGAAGCUGCAAAUGUUAAAAAUCAGAUACAACAAGUGGAUAAUGUUCAACACAAGGAAAAACGAAGGAAGAGCCAGGAUACAUUUAUUAACAUCGAAACAACCGGCGAAGUUACUUCUAAAGAUAUUCAAGAUCUUAAAAAGAAACUUUCCUUUGAUCCAGUUAAUAUUAAUAAUGAACAUGGUUAUAAGAGUUGGACAUCUACCAAAUAGUCUGUUGCUAACUUAAACUAUACUCUUGCACUUUUGGGUAGACUUGCAGGAUACGUUACAUAGAAAUUUUCAUUUGAUCCAGAAAACAACAACCACAAAAUAUUAAAUUCUGCCUGCAACUGUUUAGAUUCUCUUGCAUGUUUUGUGCUUAAUUUAUUUGUUACAGUUUUGUAGUCACUGUGAUUUCAUUUAAAAAUGCAUUCGAAUAAGCUACUUUUUAAGACAAGCUAUCUUCUGCUCUGAUGAAAAAAAAGCAUUGAAGAGUUUUUA